AUGAAUCCUGAUGUCGAAGUGAUUAUAGGAACUUGCCAUAUGAUCGGCGAGAUAGGUGAAAAGGCUGCAAGGAGCAAAGAUUUAAUGAAUAAAUUGAUAGAAGUACUAGCUCAUAAUAGACACGAGGUGAUCAGACGAAAAGUUUGUGAAUUGAUUGGUAAGAUUGGUAAAAAAGCAGCAUCUAACACAAGACUGAUGAUUUCUAUUAGCAAAGUAAUUGGCGACCAGCACGAGUCCGACGAUGUUAAAAUAGCGGCCUGUUAUGCCCUUGGUGAGGUAGGUGGAAAACUAGCUAACAAUGAAGAUGUUAUGGACGAUUUAAUAAAAGCACUUAGCAACGACAAUUGCCUCGUCGUAUACAAUGCUUAUGAAGCCAUCAAAAAGAUAGGUGAUGAAGCAGUAUCGAAUGAACAGAUCAUCUCUGAACUAAGGGAAGCACUCAAAGAUACGAAUGAGGCAGUUAGAAGAAAAGCGUGUGAAGAUAUUUGCAGUGUAGCUGAUGAAGCAGGAUCCGAUAAACAUAUCAUGGCUGGAUUGGGAAGAGCACUCAGUGAUGAAAGCAAAGAAUUAAUAAUCGCAGCUUGUAGAGCUCUAUUAUCCAUAGGCGAAAGAGCAGCAGACAAUAAUAAAGUCAUGGAUGGAUUAGCAAAAGCACUCUUACAUAAUGAUGUUGAUAUAAUAACAGAGGCCUGCAAAGCCCUUGCUACGAUAGGUAGAAAAGCAACAUCCAAUGUAAAUAUCAUGAAAGGGCUCAGCGAAGUACUCCAGAACAACCAUGAUAAUGUCAAACUAGCAGCUUGUGAAACUAUCUGCAAGCUAGGUGAAAAUGUAGCAAGGAAUACUCAAGUAAUGAACGAAUUGUCCAAAAUACUUAUCGAUGAGAACUUCGAGCUAAGAAAGAUGGCUUGUGAAGCGCUUGGUAAAAUUGGACAAAAUGAGGAAUUGAAUGAGGAAGUCAUUCAGAAGUUGGUGAUGGCAAUUAAUGAUGAAAACAGCCAGGUUAAAAGCAGAGCUCGUGAAACUUUCAAUAAGAUUGGUGAGAAAAAGUCGAAUAUAAUGUUUCAGGCCUUGGUGAAAUUUGAGAUGUCUAUGGAAGGUAGAGAUGGCAGUCGCUAUAGUGCCCAUGUCUUCGACAGGAUAGUAUAUCGCGUUGAUAAUAUAGAAUUAUGGGAUGCAAACUUCGUGCAGCAGGUUAAAUCAUAUAUCAAAAAUAAUAGUGCCGUUCAUUGUCAAGGUUUUACCGUCAGUGAAUUCGUGAAGCGUUAUCUCGAUUCCGGACAGGUUUACUGGCUUGAGUUGAUAAUAUAUCUCACUCUACUGCAAGGUAUCGCAAUAGCUUUCGAUGGUGAAGACAAGAUCAUUUUUGGAGAUGGUCGGCAAUUAAAUUUUCCACCAGAAAAAGUGCUGUUGGAUCGAAACAAGAAUUUGAAAACUGCAUUCGAGAAUCAUAUGAAGAUGUUAAAGAACAAGACAAAUUCACCAAAAAAAACUCAUUCGUCUUUAUGUGUUGUUUUGUAG